AGCGGUAAGACGUGUAACAAUGUGCAGCACAUUUCUUGACUCGGAAGCCAUAUUGUCUGGCAACGAGCAAUGGAUAAAACUGGAAGAAAAAUGGGGCGAACCAGUCGACCUGGAUACUGAAGACGAUCAACCAGGCGAACUACAGCCAGUCUUCAGCACCUUAGACUUGAUGAAGUCCACCUUCGAUUCCUCAUUCCUGUUCAAGAAAGUGCGCAGAAAAGUUGGAAGAAGACUAUCUAAAGCAGGUGUACUGGACUAUCAGGAAUUUUUACAAGACCUUCAACAAAGGGACCUGCCAAAGCAAUACUACCUGAUAAAUGGGCAGAUCCUAUCAGCAGCGUCUGUGGAAGAAAUAUGUGACAAGAUCGAUGAGAUCUUCAAAUCUGUAGAAAAGCUUGCAUCAGCGACUAGUACAAUCAGAAAGAAUCCUAUGCCGGAAAAAGUGAGCUGCAGCAUUUCAACUGAAGACCUUUCCUUUGAUGACACAUCUACAGAGAAGGAAAAAACUAAUGAAGACAUAGAUGACUAUGAUGAAGAUGACGUGGAAAGACAAAUAGACGAGGCCUUUGAGAAACUCAGUCAUUUUUCAAAUAUGACCAUAGAAGAUGAAGCUACGAGAGAAUCUGUCACAACCCUUGUGAGGAAGUUCAGCUCCAUUUUGUGUAACCCUGCGAUUCAGUGCAAUCCCCGAAGACAAAGGCAGUGUUGUAAUAAUUUUAAAGAGUUGGCAGAAUUCUGGAAAACCCAGACUAGUAAUGAAAGUGAGGUUGAACAUUGAACUUUAAUUUUAGUGAGUUAUAUGGAAUAAUUUCGAUUAGAGGGUAUAUUUGUGGUUUAAGUGAAUUAUAGUCGACAAAUUUGUUAGGUAUGUUUAGGUUAGGUAAUAAAGUAAUAUAAAAUGUGGAAUAAUUUAUGAAAGUAUUUUAUGGUAAGUUUUGUAUAGCUGGGAUCGAAGUGUGAUUCUAUUGUAAUGACUGUAUGUAGGUACUGUUAGUUUUUUAUGUCUUAUCUGUAAAAUAAUUUACUAAUUGAUUGGUUGACGAGAGUAAUAGUCAUAGAUAAUUUCUUAAGUACGGUAUAUUUUUAACCUUUUGAACGCCAGAGCAAAAACACAUGAACCUGCCUUCGACACCAAGCCACAAAUUCCACGC